CUCCUACAAUGGCCAGUGUUCCUUGAUCAUGGCUACAUACGAGUCUUUCCUGCUCUCAGCUUUCCAACGUCCCGUCUCUUCGGCUUCUCCUUCUUUUUUCCCCCCCCCCUGAUUCGUCUGGCACGAUCAGAAUAUCCCAUCCUUAACUGUCGAUCAGUUUUUUUGUUAGAAAACAAAUCUCCCAUUACACAAUGUUGUUCUCCAAGACUGGUUUCGUGGCUGCCAUCCUCCUGGGUGCCUCCACCGUCAACGCUCACCUUUACAUGAAGAGCCCUCACCCAUACGGCCAAAGCACUCUUAACAACUCUCCUCUCGCGGCUGAUGGCAGUGACUUUCCUUGCAAGCAGCGUAAUGGUGUCUAUGCCGCUGCUAACGGUGAUAAUACCUUUAAGAUUGGCGAGGAACAGUCUUUAACCUUAGUUGGUAGCGCCACUCAUGGUGGUGGUUCUUGUCAAAUCAGUUUGUCUACUGACUUGAAGCCUACCAAGAACUCAAAAUGGAUGGUCAUUAAGUCCUGGGAAGGUGGCUGCCCCAUUAAAACUAAUGGCAAUAUUGGCAACUCCCCUAGCUCCACCGUCCCCAGCAACUUAAAGUUCAAAAUCCCUAAGGGCAUUAAGAACGGCAAGUAUACCUUAGCUUGGACCUGGUUUAACCGUAUCGGAAACCGUGAGAUGUAUAUGAACUGCGCCCCUAUCACUGUCACCGGUGGAUCAUCUAAGCGUUCUAAUGAUGAGGCUUCUAUCCAGAAGCGCUCUUCAAACUUCCCUCCCAUGUUUAUAGCCAACGUCAACGGCUGCACCACUAAGGAGAAUUACGACAUCCGAUUCCCCAACCCUGGCAAAUAUGUGCAGAAGCUAGGAGACGCCAAAAACCUUCUCCCUAAAGGCCAGUCGGCUUGCACUGGUACUCCUAAGUUUGGCGCCGCCGGUAACAAGAAGGCCUCUACCCGCCGACGCAACGCCGGUCACCACUUCCGUGCUUAAAUGAUCUUGUCUUCCGCUGGCUCGGAUGUUGCAAGUCUUCAUUUCCUUUUACCUUUCAUUCCCCUUCUAAGGUAACCUCAAUCGCCUCAUAAACAGCCUUGUUUUGGCUCGGCUUUGUUUUCUUUGCGCUUUUUCUUUCAGUCUCUCUUCAAUCAUGUACAUUUUAAGGAAUGACUAAAAUUGGUAGCGUGGAGUUUGGAUAUACAGUGGUUUUUUCUUGUGAUUACAGACUUUUAUCUAUCAGCUCCUCCGGUUGACUAAGAGGUGUCUGGCCUAUGAAUCCAAUUUUGAAACUGCUUUAAUUAUUUCCCUUGUAGUAAAUUGUUAUGCUUGGGCACUUUAC